AAUUAAGCGUGCCACAAGUAAUAUAUUAAGAUGGAUUUAAUAUGCUAUACGCUGGUUUUAAUUUUAACUGGAAAUGGUGUCCUUUCUCAGACCACAACCGAGUCAAUCAUAACAACAGCAGAUUUAACAGCUACAACAGCUUCAUCUGACAUCACAACACAAUCCCCAUCGAUAACAGAUGAAACAACGCUUUCAGCAGAUUCAACAGCUACAACGGCCUCAUCUGACAUAACAACACAAGCCCCUGCAUCGGUCACAGGUUCAACAACAGCUUCUUCAGAGAGUACAACAGCCUCCAGAAACUUGGUAGUAUCGACCGAGGCACAGGGGAUACAGAAUGAAGCUUCAACCAGAGGACCUUUCUUCAACCAGCCAGUCUACACAGUUCCCACAGCAGCUCCACCACGAGCUCAGCAACCAGCUCCAGUCUAUUACACUUACCCGUACACCCAGCAGUAUCAACAGGUGUACCAGCCACAACAAGGUUACAAUAACAUACCCUACUACUACCAACCAGCUCCUAAACCAGUCCAAUAUUACCAGCCGACAUCUUUCUAUCAACAAAGAUCUUAUUACCGUCAACCAUCUUACCAACAAUCAAAUAACUUAUUCAAUAUGUUCUAUAUGAUGAUGUUCGAUUUAUUUUAAACGUCUGCAUCAUCUCGUUCAUUUUGUCGCCAUGGCAACUCGUUUCUUAUUUAUUGAUAUUUAGAACAUACGUAGUUUCGUAUGCUAUUUAGAGGUCAUCAGCACACCAUCUUGAUCGUCUUGAUACAACAAUGAUUUUGACUUGUCAAAAUCACCCUUAAAAUCAUUGUAAGCUACAUACAACGAAAGCUAUUUUAGGUAUAACUUCUCCCCAUUUUAAAGUGCAGAAAAGUAGGACGUAAAACUCCAUUGAUUUCAUUUCCAUUUUAAAGGGAUUGUAAAGAUGUAAUUCGAUUUUGUAUGUGUAUCGGAGACACUGAUAGCAUUAAUUUCCACCAUUCCAAUUUUCAAUCAGACGUCCUUGUUUCCUGCAAAUGAUGUCACUAAAAGUAAAAUAUGCUUUAUCACAUAAGGCCUUUCGCGACGUGGCGUCUCCAAACACGUAGUUUUAUUGGAAUUGCAGGAACCACAGAGGUCCGAUUAAAAAUUGGAAUGGUACAAAUUGGUGCUAUCAGUGUCCCUGAUACACAUACAAAAUGUUUUUUGCAAAGCUUUUUAAAAUCGUUAAAUUCUACCUCACCUUCAUAUGUAAGUAUC